AUGGGGCUCACCUCAGAAGCUGACAAGUGCAGCACGGGGGGCUCUCCUACUGAGGCGUUUGAAAGGCUUCUCAUGCUGCCUCGCAGUGGAGUCACAGAGGCUGGCGCACCUACCUUCAAGUACCAAAAUCCUGGAAGCUAUACUGGCAGACUGAACCACGUUGUACUCGUUAUUGGAUACUUUGUCUUGAGAAAUGACGGCAGCCAAAAUCGCAUUGCGCCUCCAUUCUGGAUCAUCCGCAACUCAUGGGGAGUGGAGUGGGGUGAUCGGGGCCACAUGCGCAUAGACAUUCAGGGAGGCGAUGGCGUGUGUGGCAUCAACGUGCUACCUGGCAUCUACCCCAUUGUCAAGAUCCCCAAAGACCCUUGCGGCCAGAAGAGCUUCAAGGGUGAUGGCGAUUUGCAGCCCACCAUGAACCCGUGUGGGCGGUUCGCAUGCCGGGCUAACCUGCGUAGCAACAGCAACUCGUGUAACUGCACCAUUCCGAAUGAAUCCAAGCAGCCAUUUGUUGAAGUGGCGAAUGGAUACGGCUUUCAAACGUGUGCCUAUUUGGACGUGUGUGGGGCAGACUUGAAGAACCCGUGCUACGUGGGGGCAUGCAUCAACGAUGGCAAGGGCUCCUACUCCUGCAUCUGCCCACCCAACUACGUUGCCAGCACAACCAUUGACAAUUUCCCUACCUGCGACCCAGCCAACCUCACAGCCAGCACCCUGGCAGUGAGAGGCAGCAACUGGUGGUGCUCCGAUGUCCUCCCUCUUGUGGGCCUCCCACUUGCACUAUUUACACAGCAGAAUGUGGCCAUUGACUGCAGCCGUCCUUUGCCUCGUAACAUCGUGCUUCAGCUGGGAAGUCCUCUUCCCGUGCCCUGCACCGCAUUCUUCUACACCCUCAAUGGUGACACGUGCUGGUCCAUCGGCACCCAGCUGGGCCUUAGCAGCAGCAACUUCACGGCUCUCAAUCCCGGCCUUGACUGCUCUAAGGCCAUCAAGGCCGGGGCCUCUCUUUGCAUCGAGCGUAAUGCCACCUUUGCCUUCACCGUGCCGCGGUGCUUGCAAUACGGUGUGCUCACAGCACAGGACACGUGUGAGCGCCUGCUGCAGCAGAUGGCGGGGGGUGAGGAUGGUCUUACGGGUUCUGGGAAAGUGAACGCCAUGCGUUGGGCUGAGCUGUACCGGAACAAUCCCAGCCUCAUCUGCUCCAACGUCAUCCCAGCCUCCGCCUCUGCUGUUGGCAGCAACACUGGCGUGCAGAUUUGCCUAAGAGCAGAGUAUUGGCCAUUCGUUGUUGGCAUAUGCAAGAAGGCAGUUCCGCCCGCCUCGCCGUCCUCAUCACCAACCAUGGCGGCCGAGGCCGUUGCAGUCGCCACUUGCUCACACUGUGCAGCAGCUGGUUCCUGCGCUGCCACAGCAGUCAUCGCUGUAGCGACCUCCACCCCCGGCCCCUCCACCCCCGGCCCCGCCACCGCAGUCGGUUCUGGCCCCCCCCUCCUCCCGCACAGUUGUCCUUGUCAGCGCCUAUGGGCUCAGUGGCUCCCUCUCGUCCGGCUGCACAGCCUCCUCCUCCCGCCGCUCCUCACCCCACCUCUCCUGCGCCCGGUGUCCAGCCUCCUCGUCGGCAGCAUCCCCUGGUUACUCAUUCCCGUCCCCCAGCUGCCCGCUUUGGUCUGGUGA